CCGAGUCUUCUUCUGACAACCGGAAACUCAUCCCUAUCCCCUCCACUCGCGAUCCUUUGAUAAAUCCAAUGAAGAAGGCAUUUGAGCAAACACCACACAUAGACGAUCUCGGUCUCUUACAGCAUUUUGAAAAACAUAUUGAUGACUGUGCAGCUGAAUGGACAGAAGCUCAGCAUGAUGUUUAUUAUGCACCAUAUACUGUUCUUUUCCAAGGAUCUGGGACAGGAAAGACAAGACUUCUUCAUCAGCUUGCUCAAAACUGCUUUCUUUAUACUUGUGCUUUCGUGAACCUACUAGCUCGGGACUUCCACUGGCAACAGUCCGUUUUCAUAAUUACUUUCUCAUGA